UCCCCCCAGUCGCUCGUCCCCGUCGCUCAUCCCCAUCCCCGUUCGACCUAGGUUUGGCGCCGCCAGCCGGAUUCCCCGCCCCGAAAUCGUUAGCUCCGCCGCCGGCGGUCCUCUACAGGGCAUCCCCGUCCAGUCCACAACCACCCCGACCCCUCGGUGCCGGCAGCAGGAGGCGAACCGGCUUCCCGCCCCGACCCAACCGCCCUGCAGCAGGAGGCGAACCGGCUUCCCCGCCCCGACCCAACCGCCCUGCAGCAGGAGGCGCCGGCGUCGACCGAGCCCACUUCGCCGGUGUUGAUGGAUAAAAAAGCAAGAAGAUGAGGAAUUUGAGGCUGGAAUGCUUGCAUUUGCUUUGGAAAUGGUGUCGUCAAGCAAAUCAUUGCCGUAUGCGUCAAGAAGAUUACCACUUGUUACAGGCCUCCAAUGGGUGGAAGAGAAGGAGAAUGAUCCAAAAGCUUUCUAUGAGGAGGUCAGUGUUUUACCCAUUACAUGAUCUGUUGGUUGAGAAGUAUGGGCUUAAGUCAACUUGCAACAUAUCAUCCAAAGAAGCGCUGGCACUUUUUUUAUGGACUUUGGGAACAACACAGACCACUGAAAAUAUUGUAGAUCGGUUUGCACAUAGUCGUUCUGUCACUAACAAAAAAUUCCAUGAGGUUUUGGAGUGUGUGGACCACAUGGCGGGUGACUACAUUAGACCAAUGGAUCCAUCCUUCUUUGAACCUCAUCCCAUACUUAUAAAAACAAGGUUCUGGCCUCAUUUCAAAAAUUCUAUUGGAGCCAUAGAUGGAACACAUAUUAAAGUGGUUGUGCCUAAGGAAUUGGAGCCCCAACAUAGGAACAGAAAAGGGUACACAAGCGAAAAUGUCAUGGCAGUGUGUGAUUUUGAUAUGAGGUUCACUUUUGUUGUUCUUGGAUGGCCCGGAUCUGUUCAUGACACAUGUGUAUGGAGCGAUGCUAUAGUUCAUUAUGAGCAUUUUCCACAACCACCAACAGAUAAAUACUACCUUGACGACUCUGGAUAUCCAAACAGAGUUGGAUAUCUAGCACCAUACAAAGGACAACGGUAUCAUGUACCCGAUUUCCAACAACACCCGCCCAUGGGGAGGUAUGAGACAUUCAACCAUCAUCAUUCUUCUUUGCGAAAUGUUGUCGAAAGAAUGUUUGGUGUUCUCAAGAUGAAAUGGCGUAUUCUCCAAGGCAUACCACGGUACAAACGGAGACCCAAAAUAUGAUCAUCACUGCGUGCAUGUGUCUUCACAACUACAUUCGUGAUAGCAAAUUAUGUGAUGAGCAUUUUGACAAGUUUGACAAUGAUGUGUACGUGCAACCUGCACAACCGUUUACAGGUGCCAACGCUUUACCACCUGAAGAUGAUGGUACCAUGAACGCUACACAUGAGGCUAUUGCUGUCAGUCUUGUACCUUGAGAGCGUCCAUCUAUUUGUAGUU